AUUGCUCGGCUCGUCCACUAGGGGGCAGCGAUUCAGCGCCGGAAACUACCGCUGCAGCGGUGGUGACGCAGAUCAAAGAUGGCGCUGCCGGUGGAGCUGUGCGGUCUGGAGAACUUCCCCCCACACCUGAGUCCUCUGGAUGCGCUGCUAUCAAAGUCCGACCUGGAUUCAGUUUUCCAGAAUGACACGGACCCGCCGACCGUCCUCUUCAUCCCGCAGCGGCCUCAAGGCUCCGGGAGGCCGGGUGUUUUACUGCGCGUUCACUCGGCUAGCGAGGAGGAGGCGGCGGGCUGCGGAGAGAGAAGCUCCCCCGCGGCCGACGACGAGUCCCGUAGCCGGGUCCGGCUGUACACCAGCCGCUUCUUCCUGCGGCACCACGGGCUCCAGCGGCUGGGCGGCUGCGGGACCGUCCGGGCUCUGGAGCCGGUCAGCCUGGACAGAGUGGUGCUGGGAGCCCGCAGCAGGCAGAGUCUCCGCUGGGCCGGAGCCGAGCAGUUCACCGGCGGUCUGAUGGAGCUCUGCCGCACGGGACAGUGGCUGCUGGCCCGGCAGGGAGACCCGCUGCUGUUACCCCGACACCCGCUGCUGGGAGAGGACCCGGGACAGCAGCAGCUGUUGGACCUGUUGGUGUUGGACUGCAGUCCUGUAACACAGGGACGGAUCACGGCCGACACCUCUCUGGUUCUGACGGACUACUGGGACUCAGUGGACCCCCCAGGCGCCCCCCCACCCUGCAGACCGCUCAGACUGUGCGUGUCAGAUUUCGCUCAUUACGCCGACGGCCUCGGAGGGGGACGAUCUCUUCUUGACAACAGGAAGCUGCUGGGCUCGGGGUUCUCGGGAAUCCUGCAGGCGCUGGAGUGCAGGGUGGACGUCCGGGUGGUGGACACUCAGCGGUGGAUCGGGGUCAGAGGUCAGCACGGAGCGGCUGUGGAUGUGGACAGCUGUGUGUUUGUCGGCAAACAGCUGCUUCUGAGGCUGGGGCUGUUUAACCAGGAGUGGCUGAAGCUGUCCCGGCUGGGCGGAUCCUCCAGACCUCCGACGGGUCAGACCGAUGUCCGGUGGGCCGUCGGCAGAGAGCGGCUGGUCUCUGUGGUGGCGGUGGAUCUAACGGAGAGUCCAGACCUGCAGAACCACGAAGAAGUCGGCUUCAUAUCCGCGACUCUGUGGUUCAACAUGACUGAGGGAGAAAUGAUCCCCGUGAGCAGCUGCACGCUGAGGAUGAAGAGGUGGAACACGUCUCCUCCGGAGCCCGGUGGUCGCUCUGACAGUUUCUGUCGCUCGGCCGCUCCGCCGUCCGCCGGCAAGCUUCACAUCCAGCCGGUGGUGUCUCCGCUGUACAACAACCUCGGCCGCUACGACAACCUGCUGUCCGAACACUUCAGCACUCCCAGACUGGUUUCACAGGGAGACAUCUUAUCGGUUCCUACUGAAAAGCAUCCAGACCUGCUGGAGAACAACUCUGAGGGCAUCCAGAGGUCUCCAGUGCUGUUCUUCAGAGUGCAGAAAGUGUGUCCGUCUGCAGAGAGAGAAGAAUGUGGAGGAGGAGGAGGAGGAGGAGGAGGGAGAGGAGCAGGAGGAGGAGGAGCUCGCCUGGCCGACAGACUUCACACAUCACUCUACAUGGGAGCGUCCACCAACAGCCCCGUCCCCUGCGUCUCCGUGGACGGAGCAUCUCUGUGGAGCGGUCUGUCUCCUCCGGGCCUCAACAGGACGGUCGACCUCAUCAGCAGCAUCGUCCUGCCCCACCUGCACCACGGCGUUGUGUCUGGUUGCAGCAGCUCUCUGUCUGGCUGCACCGUCCUCCUUCACGGCCCUGCAGGAAGUGGUAAGAUGACGGCGGUCGGCGCGGCGAGCCGCAGACUGAACCUCCACCUGCUGAAGGUGGACUGUGUGACCGUGUGUGCUGACACUGCUGCAGCCUCGGAGGUGAAGCUGACGUCGGCGUUUCAGCGGGCCCACGCCCUGCAGCCCUGCCUCCUGCUGCUCAGGAACCUGCAGCUCCUGCUCAGACCCCGAGGCCCCGCCGAGGAGGACGGCCGGGUCCGGGCCGCGCUCUGCCAGCUGCUCAGCAGCGCCCCCGCCAGUGUGGUGGUGGUGGCGACGGUCCGCAGACCUCGGGAUCUGUCUGCAGGUGUCGUGGCAGCGUUUGUCCACCAGGUGGCGGUAGAGGGCCCCACUGAAGAGCAGCGGCGCUCCAUGCUGGUCGGCCUGAGCCGAGACCUUCACCUGGGGAGAGACGUCAACCUGGACAGACUCGCCAAACUCACAGCAGGUUUCGUGUUGGGGGAUCUAAGAGCUCUGCUGGCUGAGGCUGGAAGAGCGGCCUGCAGGAGGCUGGUCCGCACCUGCGGUGGUCGGCUGGAGGAGGACCUGUGCUCCAGUGGAGUGACCGUCCUGAACCGGGACUUCACCUCCGCCCUGGAGACCAUGCAGGACGCCCAGUCCAAGGCCAUCGGAGCCCCAAAGAUCCCUAGCGUACGAUGGGAGGACGUGGGAGGUCUGCAGCAGGUGAAGAAAGAGGUCCUGGACACGGUUCAGCUUCCUCUGCAGCGUCCAGAGCUCCUGUCUCUGGGUCUGAACCGCACCGGAGUCCUGCUGUACGGACCACCGGGGACGGGGAAAACGCUGCUGGCCAAGGCCGUGGCCACGGAGUGCUCCAUGACCUUCCUCAGUGUUAAAGGUCCAGAGCUCAUCAACAUGUACGUGGGUCAGAGUGAGGAGAAUAUCAGAGAAGUGUUCUGCAGAGCGCGCUCGGCAGCUCCCUGCGUGGUCUUCUUUGAUGAGCUGGACUCUCUGGCUCCCAGCAGGGGGCGCAGUGGAGACUCUGGCGGGGUGAUGGACAGAGUCGUUUCUCAGCUGCUGGCCGAGCUCGACGCUCUGCACUCGUCCGCCGGGGUUUUCGUGAUCGGCGCCACGAACCGUCCAGACCUGCUGGACCAAUCACUGCUGCGGCCCGGCAGGUUCGACAAGCUGGUCUACGUUGGCAUCAACGAGGAUCGGGUCUCUCAGCUCCAAGUUCUUCAGGCCAUCCUCAGAAAGUUCCAGCUGGACCCCGCGGUGAACCUGCGGGAGGUGGUGGAUCGUUGUCCGGCUCACGUGACCGGCGCCGACCUCUACGCUCUCUGUUCAGACGCCAUGACGGCCGCCAUCAAGAGGAAAAUCUCUCUCAUCGACGACGGUCUGGACUCGGAGGACUCCUCUGUCCUCCUCUCCGUUGAGGAUUUCUCUACAGCCCUAGAGAACUUCAAGCCGUCUGUCUCAGACCAGGAGCUGCUGCGAUACAAAAGCAUUCAACAGAAACUCGCCGUGAAGUAGAAACACGGGACCAGAACCCGGGAAACGGGUCAUCAUCAGUGACUGAUGUUCGCUCUUGGACAGCUAACCAGAUGUUUUAAGAAUCAAAGGACUCAGAUGAAGGUCGUAUUGUCUGAUUUAGGUUCCAGCCACGUCUGGAGGGUCAAUGUUUUGUAAAAUACUGUAAAGCAAUAAAAUGUAAAUGAUGUAAAGUUAAUCUACGUAAUAAAUAAAUACCGAAGUUGA